GCUAGCAAAUAUUUGUUGUGUGCGUAGUGUCUUUCCACUCUAAUUCAAAGAGAGGGAAUCACAUUUCUCCGCCUCUCAACGGUGCUGAACAUAACGAGCAAGGAUGAUACACUACUACAGAGUCGCUCUAUUUCUGUUACUUUUGCACUGUUGCCACAUCAGCAGCUGUCCUUCCCAGUGCCAGUGCUUCCUGGGGUCAAAGGUUAUGUGCUCUGAGGAGCGAAUGAACUUCCUGCCCACAAGCCUCUCCCCACAGGCGAGAGAGCUCAUAAUCAUAACCUCUGGCCUCACAAACAUAUACCCCAGCAGUUUCCAAGGAAGCCCUCAGCUAACUAAGCUGGCCAUAAUCAGCAACCCUCUGCAAUUCGUCUCCCCGCUGGCCUUCAGCGGUCUCACAGAGCUGGAGGAGCUGGAGCUCAGUGGAAACUAUCGUCUGGAGAGUGUGGAGCUCGGGACGUUUGAAAAACUUGGCAACCUAACGAGACUCCUCCUGAACAACAACAAACUGUUGAAACUAGAUAAAGGGCUGUUUGAUGAUCUACUAAAACUGGAAACUCUGGAGCUGAGGGGCAAUGCAUUUGUCUGGCUGCCCAUUCUCCUCUUUCGCAACCUUCAAAACCUCCAUUCUCUGGAUCUAUCGAUGAACAAGAUUGUAUCGGUGGAGGCCCCCCUGUUGAGUGACCUGACCCAGCUGCAGGCCCUAAAACUAGGCCACAACCAGAUAGGCACUCUUCCAUCUGACAUGUUUAAAUAUGUUCCAGGACUAAAGGAACUCAGUUUGCAGAGUAAUAGAAUCUCAAAACUGUCAGAGGGACUGUUUACCGCCCUGACCAAAUUGGAGGAGCUGAAUCUUCGAUAUAACCAAUUGACUGAUGUGAAGGCUGGCACAUUCCCCUCCAGUCUGAAGGAACUCAACCUCCAAGGAAACCAGCUCGCCUCACUGUCACUGGGUAGUUUACCUCUACUCACAGAUCUGGUGCUGUCAAAAAACAGCCUCGUGGAUCUUCCCAGCGACCUGCUCGGGAAUCUAACUUCAUUGGAACAACUGGAUCUAUCGGAGAACCAGCUCUCAUCUUUUCCCGCCACCCUUUUCUCAGGCCUCUCAAAACUCAUUUCCGUCUAUUUGCACAAGAACAACCUGACUUUUUUGGAGGCUGAUUUGUUCCAGGACCAGGUGGACAUGGAGCGUCUGACUUUGUCUGAGAAUCGACUGCAGAACCUUCCCCAUGGCUUCUUUGAUCCAUUUCUGGAAACGAGGAAUGUGAUUACUCUCCGUGGCAACCCGUGGAAUUGCGACUGCAACUUUACAUAUCUGUACACCUGGCUGGAGUUCGGAGGUUACCUGGUUGAGGAUCUAAGUCGGACCUACUGCAAAGGUCCUACUGCCCUGAGAGGACAAAGCUUGGUGUCGGUAGAGAGUGAUCAGCUGGUAUGCUCCUAUAACUCUAGCACAACUAAACCAGUUCCUGCAGAUUCACUCCAACCUCUUGACAAGGAAACCUUCCCACCAAAUCAAGCAAAUCAGUGCAUCCUACAGGAGAACAACGGUGUUUAUUCUGUCAAAUGCACAGUGACAAAAUGCUCCAGUCUUAAGAUUGAGGCCCAUAUUUAUGGUGCUGAUGGAAGCACAACAGACUAUGUUUUGAACAAAGAGUGGUCUGAAUCUUCCUGUGUAAAUGGCACCAUAACUCUCAAUGUUUGAAUGUUUUGUAGUUAUUUUCAGAAAAGGAGAAUACUGUUGCUCUCAGGAUGAGGUGAGGUGUAUAAAACCACGGUUGAAAUGAAGAGGUAAGAGUUUGUUGGUCCACAAACUAAAUAAAUGAAGACUUAGUCUGUCAAAUUA